UCAACAAGUGUUCCAGUAAUGUUAUGGGUAAGAAAAUGGCCUGCAAACCUGUGGAAAGACCAACUUUCUUUGAACUAUUUAAGGCACAUUGCAGUGAAUCAGACUUAGGGCCUAUCAGUCUCAACUGGUUUGAAGAACUCAGUGCAGAAGCACCCCCAUAUGAGCCUAAGUGGUUAGGAGAACAUGGUGGUCCCUGUGGCUGGCUUGAUCAAACAACUUUUAAAACUCCAAGGUCAAAAGCUCCUACAUACAGUCAGCUGGCAUCAACUCCGCUGAUUUUUAAAGAACAAAAUGUAACAUUGCCACUUUAUUCUUCUCCUGGAAAAGAACUGGAACAGAAAAAAAUAGGAGCAAACAGAGACAAUUUGAUAAGCCCAAGUAUCACAAGAAGAAAAAUAGAUCAAGGAAACGAAAUAUUUGCUUCUCCUCCUGGUACCUGCCGCAACUGUCUUGCUGCUAGUCCAACUGUUUUAAGGAAUAUUUACAGAACACCUCAGAGAAGCAAUGUUCCUGGACCAUAUGGAAGCUUGUUUUGCACACCAAAACUUUUGGAGAUCAGAACUCCAAAACGUAUUUCUGAAAGUCUGGGAGCGGAACUGGAUCCAGAUAUGUCCUGGUCAAGUUCUUUAGCCACACCUCCUACACUUGGUGCAACAGUGAUAAUAGCUAGAGAGAAUGAUUCUAUUUCUGGAGCAAAGCAGCAGGAUGAAAGGGCUGAGAGAAGUUUGCACACCCUUUUUUCCAACCACAAUAAAUGUCCUGGGUCAAGUGACACGAGUAUGCUGUCCGUACCAGAGACAGUAAAGCUAAAUGCUGAAGAUGACAUCAAAGAUUUUGAGUCGGAGAUGUUAGAUGGCUUAUUUGCUGAGAUGAAUAGCUUUGAGGAUACAUUCGACAUACCUGCUGAUGGAACUCUUCUGCUGAUGCCACGUGCUCUGGAUGCAGUAGAGGAAUGUGAAAUAAGCACAGAUAAAGCACAAGGAAAAGGAGAAGCUCCUUCUGAGCAGCCUGUUAGGAGAAAGAUUGGCAUUUCACAGGAAGGGAAAACAACUAGCUGGACUGAAAAGACUGAAAAGAGCCACUCUAUUGAAAUGAAAGAUUCUUUGCUUCAAAACACAGAUGAAUACAUGUGGGAUGAUAAAGAUGACUGUCUAAUGGAACAUGAAAAGGAAUUGGAGUCACUUAAGAUCGCAGAAGAUGUGCAAGAUUGUAGAACACACAAGUCAUCUGAGCCUGUGAAAGAAGACGUGCCAUCUCCAUCAAGCCAGUGGUCUCAACUGAACUUGUCUGAUCUUGAUGUAACUCACUUGGAAAUGCCUAUAUGUAGCUCUCCACCCUCUGACUUACAUAGAGAGAAAAAUUUUGAAGAGAAGUCAGUAAUAAGAACCAAGGAUGAUGCUGUGGAAACAUCUGUACUGAACACUUCAUGUGUGAUAAAAGCACAAAAACUGUUACAUGUCAAUUUGUCAGAGAAGUGCUAUGAAGUGAAAAAACCUGAAAACAACCCAACGUUGGGAAUAGCUCCAGUAAAAUCUGUGUCUCUGAGUGUUCAAGAUCCAAAGUUACUAAAAGGAUGUACAGCUGAGAAGGUUUCCAAAAUGAGCUUCUUAAACUGUAAUUCUGUUUUAAUUGAAAGUACCAACGUCACAAAGUAUUCUCUAGUCUACAAUGGCAGCUUUUCCAAGCAUUUGAAAGCAGCUUCUAAAUCUGUUGUAACUGAUGUUCUGUCUCACCCACUUGUAGGUAGUGCUACAUCUCCAGACAAUUGCAAUGACCUACAUUUAACAAGUAGUGAAAAUACUCUUGCAAAGUCUGACUUUAAAAGCCUGAAUAUGUUAUCCAGCUUGAGAAAGAGAUCCAAGAGAUUUGUUUAUACAAUAAAUAAUACUUUACUGUACCAAGAAGAAAAAAUACAGGAAGAAGUAACCUCUGAAUUGCCUGUUUUUCCUGGAUUACCGCAUUCGGCAUCCAAUUCGUGUGGAUUUAAAGGUUGUCACGUGGCCAGUGUUGGUGAACAAGACUGCUUACUGUUUGAGAGAGAGCAUUUGCAAUCAAAUGUCAAGGAAAACAAUUUCAGCUCUUGUACUUUAGAAAUUGAUAUCAUGGAUAAUUCAUCAUCAACAAUUGACAGGCUCAAGCAACAAGACUUGGGAGACUUGGGGAAAAAUGCAAGAGAGGACCAACCUGCUACAUCAUUACCAUGCUUAGAAGUAUUUAAUACACAGAAAGAAGAUACAAGAGAUGCCUUAAUUAGUGAAAAAAUUUCGACUAUAAAACGUAAAGUUCUAGCUUCAGCCUACCUAAUGUCAAGAAAGCAUUCCAGGUUCCUCCCUAAAGGCAAUUGCUUAGAGAAAGGUGAGGAAGACAAGUCUUCAAGUGCUCAUGUGAAUGCUGGAGUUACUGUACCUCUGAGCCUUAAAGAGCAACUUGCAUGGCAUUCUCCUGGGCAUAACGAACGCUUGGUCAAGACACGCCGUGACUCUAUGCCUGUGACCAACAGCCGUUUCAAUAGUGCUGUGACUCAGAUGAACUUUGGUAUAGAUGGAGUCAGGAAUGAUUGCUGCAAUAAAAUACUAGCUGAUGAAAGGCAUGCUGCAGAUCAGUGGUCAGUUGAUUGUAGAGAAGUACUUGAAUCUUUGGGAAUAAACUGCUUGGAAAAUGCUAGAACUGGGUUAAAACAAGGGGAGCAAACAGAUGCUGCUGCCUUUUCAGAAGCUGUAGCCGACAGUCAAAAGCCAAAGUCAGCUGAAAACAAAGCAAGCACUCAAACAGCUGCUUGCAAUGAUGUAGCAGUAGAGAUUGCUACAGAAUUGUUAGACUGUGGAGAUGACAGUUUAAAUGAAGUAAUUUCUGAGGAAGAAAAACAAGUAGCACCUACACAUUCCAGCACAAAGUCAAAGGAGAAUUUAAAGUGUAAAGAGAAAUCAUCGGGAAAUAUUAACACUCAUAGUUUGAAUCUGGGCUUUGGAGGCUUCCAGACUGCUUCCAAUAAGCAGAUUAAAUUAUCUGAAGUCAGUUUAGCAAAAGGCAGGAUGCUGUUCAAAGAUAUUGAAAAUGAAUGCUUUGAAGCGUCUUCCAUGGAAAGAAUCAGAAACUUUUCAAAUCAAGUUAAAAGGGAGAACAUGCUUUUCUCAGAGUCAGAAAGCAAGUUGGGCCGUAAUUUAUCUGAUUCUUCAGAUUCACAGGCAAGUUUUCUUGAUCCUGGGCAUACACAGUUUAUUCCACGUACAGUUGGCUUGUGUAAAAGCUUUCCUAGGAGUCAACAAGCUUUGCAAGAAAUAAGUCAAACCUUGACAGCAAGCCAAGAAGCUGAAGUUGCUGAACUUUCUAGUAUCCUGGAAGAAACAGGUAGUCAGUUUGAAUUUACACAGUUUAGAAAGCAAAGUAAUGGGAUACAAAGUCAUAGUUUUCAGCAGGUUGCAGCUGUAGAAACACACGGAAGACCAAAUGUGGGAAGUAUUCCUGAAGCAAGGGAAGGUGCUGAUUUUUGUAGCAUUUUUAAAUCUGAAAAGCAAGUAAAAGAGGACGAGUAUUGUACUAAGCAAGAAGGCAGAAAUGAAGACUCUAAAGUGGUGGAAUCUGAAAAAGAAAGCACAGUGGUUUUCCAUAAAAGUGACAGAAAGGUGACUUUUACUAACUUAGACCAAAAUGAAAGUAGAGUAUCUGAUGGGAGCUUGCCAGUAGCUGAACAUGACAGCGUUUCCAGUUUUGUAGGCUUUACUUCAGCUGGAGGUAAAAAAAUAACUAUUUCUAAGGAGGCUUUGAGGAGGUCUGCAGAGCUCUUCAGGGAUUUAGAUGAUGAUAACUGUUUGUUUGAAUCUUCUGAAACUAAUACCAGGUAUUGCAAUUCAAAUCGACACAUGCCAUCUAACUGUAAUUUCCUCAGAUGCCUGACAAAAGAAAACAAAGGAAAAAAGGUUUAUGUUUCAGAUUUCAAAAGGGUAGAUGCCAUUUCCAACACCAGUGCCAUUUCUCACCAUGCACAGGAGAAAAAUGAGGAAAAUAUUAGCAUACCGUGUAAGGAAAAUAAGGAAAAUCAGAAGAAAAGAUCAAUGAAUGACAGUGAAAAUGUUAAUUCCACUAGUACUAAAACUACUAUCAACAGUCUGUCAUCCAGUAAAAACCAAAACCCUAACACUUCCCCACAGCUUCUCAAUCAAGGAGAUUGCCACGUUGAAGACAGUUUGCAAGAAGACUCAUUAGAUGUAACGUGUCUAGGAGAUGCUACUAUAACUGCAGAAGAACAACGUGGUUUAAGCAUGUCAGAUGUAAUGGAAAACCUGUCUUAUGAUCUGAGAGAAGAUGGAAAGGAAAAUGAAUGCUUGUCACAAAUAUUUCCAACUCCAGCUGGUGGUGAGAUAGCCAUUUCUGAUGCAACUUUGGGUGCUUCUCUACACCUGCUUAAUGCACAGUGUGGAGAAAGAGAUACAAAUGCUUUGGAGAACACUGAUAAACAAAAGACAAGUACUAAGAAUAUGGAAGGAGAAGACACCACCCAUGAGAAGAUCCUGUUGGUGAACGAAAACAGAAUGAAAAUUGGUUCUUAUUGUGAAAUGCCUUUAGAGGAAGAGGUAGAUGUUGAAAAAAAUGAAAUUAAGGCAAAUUAUCUGACUGGUUUUCAAACUGCUAGUGGCAAGAAAAUAACAAUUGCUGAGGGAUUUUUGGCUAAAGCUGAGCAAUUUUUUGCAGAAAAUGAUGAUAUAGGAAAGAAACAUAAUGACGAUUUUGAGAUCCCCUUAAAGAAUAGGAAACAUGGUAGAAACUGUGUCAAAGACUGUGAUUUAUGUAUUGAAAGCAUUGCUCAAUUUGAUCCAGAAAAACUGAACAAAAAUCUUGUCCUCAAAGAACCUGGAGAUCAAUUUCAGCGGGCAGUAGAGAGUGAUCCCAUGAAACACACUGUGGUUCUUGAUACCGUUAAGGUAGAUAAACUUGUUAAUCUAGGAGAGGAUUGUGAAAGUAGUUCAGUAACUUCAUAUGCACGUAAAAAAGCUGGUGUCAGACCUGGAAAGUCGGAAUUGGAAUCCCUUCCUGGGCAGGCAAAUGAUCCUUUAAGUAAAAGCUCUUUGUCAAAAGAUGGAAAGCUGUUUGCAGGGAGAGAGACAGAAUACUGGGAAGAAAAGAGAGAUGAUUUAGAAAACGUGCGUGAUUUUCCCAUGCCCUCUGCUACAUCUCUCCAUUUAAUGAAAGUAUCGAAUAUCCUUGAAGAGAAUUCUGUGCCUGGAGAUACAGAGAAUACUUUAUUUGUUGAUGAUAGUAACAAUAAAUCUGAUCAAUCUCUCCUCUUAAAUUCAAAAAGUAGCUCUUCUCAUUUGAACUGUGACAGUAAGGAAUUUGACUUAGAACGUUUAAAUGAAGCUUGGGCUAAUGAGAACUGCUUCACAGACUCCAUAGUUAAUGCUUGCCAAAACCAGUCAGUGCUCAGUCUUCCCGAAGAUGAAACUCAUUUAACCAGCUCAAAAGCAGCACCGCUUAAUGUUCAAAUUGGAAAGGAUGAUAUAAAGAAAAAUGUGUUUAGUACAGCAAAAGGUAAAGCAGUUUCUGUUUCAGAAAGUGCGUUAGAAAAGGUCAGACAAAAGUUUCAAGAAGACUGCAGAGAAUCUGUAGACUAUGAAAUUGAGACAUACUCAAGAAUUAAUCAAACAGAAACUGCUGGAAAUUCAUCUUCCAUCAUUCAUGCUGAAUGUCCUAAUUCCACCAAGUUUUCAAGUGCUAUAAGAAGUGAAGAGAUUAAUUCAGCCACAUCCCAUUUUAUUAAAGUUAACGCCGGUGCUGGUGAAAAUGGUCACCAAGAUACAUUUGCAAAUGCAAAGUCUGUUCCAAAUCCUCCAGGGCGAUGCUUUGAACAGAAUAUUAAGCCUUUAGUGCACUUGCCUGUUCUGGAUAAGCAGAUAAAACAGUCAGAUUCUUCUAUAAGCAAUCUUGGAUUUUUUAGUACAGCAAGUGGUAAGCCUGUGCAACUGUCAGAGGAGUCACUCAGGAAAGCAAGACAGCUCUUUUCUGAAGUGGAAGGUAAUAAUUCAUCACAGGUACAAGAUGCACUCUUUGUUGAGAAAGAUAUGGAAAAGCCUGAAAUGCACAAUGAAGUGAUUCCUAGGAAAAUGCAGAUAGCAUUACCAAAAGAGGAAAAAAGUGCCAGCAGUGAAUUGAUUUUACAUCCUGCUUUUGGCUUCAGCACUGCAAGUGGAAAGCAGGUAACAGUCUCUAAAAAUGCCUAUCAAAAAGCAAAAGCACUUUUAAAAGAAUCUGAUGACUUCUUGAGCAGUGGGCUUUGCAUCACAGAUCAGCUUAGUUCGUUUGAAGAGAGUGGUCAACAUGUAAAAUCUUCAACUGAUAAAGUGAUCUCAGAAUCCCAAAUUGAGAAAAGUUACAGUGAGGACUUUGACUUAAGCAUCUGUUCAGAGGAAAUGAAGCUUUUUCCAAGCGCUCACCGUGUCAAAAUGUCUGAGUAUUUGCCACAUAGUAAGGAAAAUGAGCAGUUAUUUAAAAAUAGCUUUCAGCAAGAGGAGACUGGAUCUUUAGGGAAAGGGCAGCUGACUCUGGGGAUGAAAACAGCAUCUGAAGCAAUUUCAUGCAGUGCUACUGCUAGAACAGAAAUUAAUAUUGAUCUUCUGCAAACUCCAAAAAAUUACUUGGAAGUGGAGGCUAUAGAAAGUGCGAGAGCUUUUAUGGAAGAUGAUCUUUCAGAAUCUGGAGCACAAAUUAACACUGCACAGUCCUUCAGUGACAGACUGGGAAGAAACUUCCAAAAUAAGACCUUGGGGAAGAGGCAGUCUGAAGAGGAAAAGUCACUCGGAGAACCUCCGAUUAAAAGACGUCUGCUGCUUGAAUUUAACAGAACAAAUAAUCCUUCCAGAUCUUUGAAAGCUUCGAAAAGCACCCCUGAUGGCAUUUUCAAGGACAGAAGAAAAUUCAUGUACCAUGUUCCUUUAAAACCCAUAACUUGUCAACCUUUUGGGGCUACUAAAGAACGCCAGGAAGUCAAGAAUCCCACCCUUACUCUACCAGAUCAAGACUUCAAAGGAUUCAAAUCUAAACCUGCUAUUUUUCAGCACUGUGCACUACGGCAGGCUUCAAAUGGUACUGCAGGGGUUUCUACUCCCUGUAAGGCCUCAGCAAAUGAGAGUGAAGAAGCAAGAAGUUUGUACAGAUCUGGCACAACUGCUAAAACUUUUAUUCCACCCUUCAAAACCACGCUGACACUUUCUACAGGUGAACAAGGCAGCAGCAAAAGAUGUGACUCGCUGAUCAGCAAAAAUAUGACUGAAGAGAUGGAAGUAAAUCGAAUCACAACUGAACAAAAUUCUGCUGAACCACAGGAUCACCAGUCUUGCAUCCAGCACGCAGCAGACACUGACCUAGAAAACAACAGUUCGGCUACAGUCAAGAUGGUGACAAAUCUCCGCUGUGCCAGAGAUCUGCAGGAAAUGAGAAUUAGAAAGAAAUACAGGCAAAAUAUUGGCUCCCAGCCAGGCAGUCUUUAUGUCAUUAAAACAUCUGCAAGAAAUAGAAUCUCUCUGAAAACUGCAGUGGAAGAGACGUCUCCUAAAUUUUAUUCUACCGAAGAGCUUUACACAUAUGGUGUGUCAAAACAUUGCAUACAAGUUAACAGCACAAAUGCAGAAUCUUUCCAGUUUCUCGUGAAAGACUUUUUCAGUAAGGAAUAUUUAUUAGCAGGAAAUGGGAUGCAAAUUGCUGAUGGAGGAUGGCUAAUACCUACAGAUGAGGGAAAAGCUGGAAAAAAGGAGUUCUACAGAGCCCUCUGUGACACUCCUGGUGUGGAUCCCAAGCUAAUAUCAGAAGCCUGGGUUUACAAUCACUAUAGGUGGAUUGUAUGGAAAUUGGCAGCCAUGGAAGUGUCUUUUCCACGUGAAUUUGCUAACAGAUGUUUGACACCAGAAACAGUGCUAUUACAGUUGAAAUAUAGGUAUGAUUUGGAAGUUGAUAAAAGUAAACGGUCAGCAAUCAAAAAAAUAACAGAAAGAGACGAUGCAGCAGGUAAAACACUUGUACUGUGUGUUUCUAAAAUCAUAUCGCUAAACACCGUUGUAUCUCCUAGCAGUAGCAAUAAGAAUGUGGAAAGUAAAAAAGCAGCAGCGAUAAUUGAAGUUACUGAUGGCUGGUAUGGGAUUAGAGCUCUUCUGGAUCCACCUCUCAAAGCUUUCUUGCAUAGAAGAAGGCUGACUGUUGGUCAGAAGAUCAUAGUGCACGGAGCAGAACUUGUUGGCUCUCAGAACGGAUGUACGCCACUGGAAGCCCCAGAUUCUCUUAUGUUAAAGGUGUCGGCGAACAGCACGCGGCGCGCGCGGUGGCACACCAGGCUGGGAUUCCACCGCGACCCGCGCCCCUUCCCUCUGCCUCUGGCCUCGCUCCACCGCGAGGGGGGAGCCGUGGGCUGCGUCGAUGUCCUCGUUCAGAGAACUUACCCUCUUCAGUGGAUGGAAAAGACAUCAGCUGGUUCAUACGUGUUUCGUAACAGUCGAGCUGAAGAAAGGGAAGCUGCCAAGCAUGCAGAGGAUCAACAAAAGAAACUGGAGGCUCUGUUUGCAAAAAUCCAAGCAGAAUAUGAAAAGCAUGAAGAAAGAACUCCCAGAAGGACACCAAGAUCACGCAUAGUCACAAGACAGCAAAUCCAUAACUUGCAAGACGGUGCAGAACUUUACGAAGCAAUUCAGAGCACGACUGAUCCUGGCUAUAUGGAGGGAUAUCUCAGUGAAGACCAGCUAAAAGCUUUGAAUGCUCACAGGCAGUUGCUGAACGAUAAAAAGCAAACUCAGAUUCAGGAAGAAUUCAAGAAGGCUGUAGAGUCCUCAGAACAGGAAGGAAAUGGUUUUUCCAAAAGGGAUGUGUCUACUGUAUGGAAAUUACGUGUGGUAGACUACAGAAAGCAAGAAAAACCUAAAGGAGUGAUCUUAAGUAUCUGGCGUCCUCUGCUAGAGGUUUGUUCGUUGCUAAGGGAAGGUGGUCGGUACAGAAUCUACCAGCUGUCAACAUCACAGUCCAAAGGAAGAUCAGACUCGGCUAACAUACAGUUAACAGCAACAAAGAAAACUCGCUAUCUACAACUACCAGUAUCACAGGAGAGGCUGGCACAGAUUUUCUUUCCAAGAAAGGUUCUAAAAUUCACCAGUUUGUCGGAUCCAUCUUUUCAGCCACCAUGUGCUGAAGUUGAUUUAGUCGGAGUUGUAGUUUCUGUUAGCAGAACAGGUUUUGUUACUAUGGCAUACUUAUCUGAUGAGAGCCAUAAUUUAGUGGCUGUAAAGAUCUGGACAGAUCUCAGACACCUGGCUAUCGAGGACAUAGUUGUCCGCUCUUCAUUCAUUGCUGCAAGCAACCUUCAGUGGCAGUCUGAAUUCAGAUCAGGCAUUCCUGUGCUGUUGGCUGGAGAUCUUUCUGUAUUCUCAGCCAGCCCCAAGGAAAGCUGUCUUCAAGAGAAGGUUAAUGAGCUGAGAAGUACGAUAGAGAACGUGGCCUCCUUUUGCUCCAGUGCAGAAAGUAAAUUGAUGAGUUUGCUACGAAGAAAUCUCUCGCUUACGCCCACUUUAACUCAAAGACGUGGUCUGGAAAGCCCCUCUCCCUCCUGCAGCUCAGGCCUUUAUGCAGAGGAUAAAAGUUUGAUCUCUUCUAAAAUGGAAAUAAAACACCCAAGCCCUUUGUCAGCUAGCACACCUAAUACAAAAUUUGUCACACCUGGGGCAGCAAAAACACCUUCAUCUGCUACAGUGAGUGAAGAUCAUCCCAGAAACAGCAAAAAGAGAAAAGCUAUGGAUUUCCUCAGUUGCAUACCUGCCCCUCCACCACUCACACCAAUGUGUUCAAUCAUUUCUCCAUCUUUAAAGAAAGCAUUUCAGCCUCCACGAAUUUUGGGUUUGCAGCGCAGCAAGUCAGCCAAGGAAACAAAUCAGGAUGGUGGUCGUGUCACCCCCUGCAGAAACCUGAGAGAAACUGUCCAUCUCCCUGAGAACGACCUGGUUGCUGAUGAAGAACUUGCAAUGAUUAAUACACAGGCACUCGUGAAUAAUUUACCAGAAGAAAAGAAGAUAGAGUAUGUAAAUGAAAACAGCAGUACAAUAGAUACUAAUUUAUCUGACAAUCUUUCACCCAAAAAUAGUUCCAGGGCUACGGGAGAAGCAAAGAAGUCACAAAAAAGCACUUCUGAAGUAGCUGAGGCCCUUGGAAAGAACACAAAGGAAGUGGAGAACUCGUUACCAGCCCACAGGACACGUGGAAGACAAAACCCUCCUGACUGCUACUGA